UUCCUUAGAUAGUUUUUCCGGCAUUGCCAGAGGCAGCCUCGAAGGGGGCCGAACCCUGCAGCAGGGCCUUCUGUCUGGAGCCCGACGCGCUGAUUGGCUGGUCGGCUGCCGCGGGGAAGAACCCGGAUGUGGCUGGGAGGUAACGUUGGCAGUCCGGGUGUCUGAAGUUUGCGCGCUGUAGGGGUACGGGCAGUCCGGGCAAAUGGCGCAGGCUUGGGCAGGCUUUUCUGAGGAGGAGCUGAGGCGGCUAAAGCAGACUAAAGAUCCAUUUGAACCACAGCGGCGUCGGCCCACGAACAAAAGUCGACAACAACUUCUGCGAGAGAAAGCCCUUCAAGAGCAAAGCCAAAAACUUGGACUUCAAGAUGGAUCAACCUCAUUACCUCUAGAACAGCUGCUUUCCGUUCCGAAACAGAGAUUUAAUACUCAAAAACCAUGUUCUUCUCUUCCUGCUCCUUCUGUGGCGCGCACCUCCCCUAUUGGUGAUGAAAAGCAACAGGGUACUGAAAGUCAGUCAAGGGAAGUGGGGCUCGAGAAUUCUCAUGAUGUAAACCUCAAUAAGAAAGUCGAGGUUCCACCUCCAAAGCCAGAUUGCAAAUUGGAGAAAAAGAAAAUGGAAUUGCAAGAAAAAUCUCGUUGGGAAGUCCUCCAACGAGAACAACGGUUAAUGGAAGAGAAAAAUAAACGUAAGAAAGCUCUUUUGGCCAAAGCUAUUGCAGAAAGAUCUAAAAGAACUCAAGCAGAGACCAUGAAAUUGAAGCGGAUCCAGAAGGAGUUACAAGCUUUAGAUGACAUGGUGUCCACUGACAUUGGAAUUCUCAGGAACCGGAUCGAUCAGGCCAGCCUAGACUAUUCAUAUGCCCGGAAGCGGUUUGACAAGGCCGAGGCAGAGUAUGUUGCAGCAAAGCUAGAUCUCCAGCGCAAGACUGAAAUUAAAGAGCAGCUCACUGAGCACCUUUGUACGAUCAUACAGCAGAAUGAGCUCCGGAAGGCCGAGAAGUUGGAGGGGUUGAUGCAGCAGCUGGAUGUACAAGCUGACGAAGAGGCUUUGGCGCUUGAGGCGGAGGUGGCGAGAUUGCUGCAGGAACAAGAGACAGAAGCGGGGAAACAGACGACUGGUUUAGAGAAGCUGUGUCAUCCUUCUGGGGACAGGGCGACCUUAGAAUUUCCUAAAGAGAACAGAAAGCAUCAAGAACAAACUGCUUCCCCAAAGGUAGAUGAACAGGGUGAAAGUUCCAAUGGCAGCUCCCUUCAUAGUCCAGACGGCCAAAAUCAAGACACUAAAGCUGCUGUAGGUGACACUUCAGCCGCUCUGCCCACAUGAGGAACCAGGGUUGGUUCUUUUCCAGGAUUGUGGCAGCUGUGAGACGAUGCCCUUAAGAUUGUUAGAAGAACUUGUGUCUAACUGAGAGAUUCUACUAGGCGCCAUACUUUCAUAAUCUUCUGCCAGCUGAAGAGGCCGGGGGAUGAGAAACAGUUUUAUUUUCCAACCUGGUGAGUACUAAAAAACAAACAAAAACACUCACUGCCGUCAAGUCGAUUACCAACUCAUAGCGACCCUGUAGGACAGAGCAAAACUGCCCCAUAGAGGUUCCAAGGAGCACCUGGUGGAUUUGAACUGCCAACCUUUUGGUUAGCAGCUGUAGCUCUUAACCACCAGGAUAAUUUCUCUAAAUUUGGCUUGCAAACGGAAACAGUUCAUUCUAUUCUUAUAGUAUCUCUCUUUUGUACUAUCUUAAUAUAUGCAUCUAAAGAAUUAGUUGCCAUCUAGUCAACUCCAACUCAAAAUCACCUGAUGUGUGUCAGAGCAGAACUGCGCUCCACAGGAUUUUCAAUGGCCAAUUUUUCAGAAGUAAAUCACUAGGCCUUUCUUCCAAGGCACCUCUGGGUGGAUUUCAACAUCCUUACAUAUAUCUAGAAGCACUCAGUUGACACUUUCACGAUUCUGUCUAGAGAUCUUGUUGUGUUUACGUGUCAUCGAGUCGGUUCCAAUUCAUAACAACCCCAUGCACAACAGAACGAAACACUGCUGAGUCCUGCGCCAUCCUCACAAUUGUUGCUAUGCUCAACCCUAUUGUUGCAGCCACUGUGUCAAUCCAUUUUGUUGAGGGUCUUCCUCUUUUUCGCUGACCCUCUACUUUACCAAGCAUGAUGUCCUUUUCCAGGGACUGAUCCCUCCUGAUAGCAUGUCCAAAAUAUGGGAGACAUAGUCUCACCAUCUUUGCUUCUAAGGAGCAUUCUGAUUGUACUUCUUGCAAGACAGAUUUGUUUGUUCUUUUGGCAGUCCAUGGUAUAUUCAAUAUUCUUCACCAGCACCACAGUUCAAAGGUGUCAAUUCUUCUUCAGUCUUCCUUAUUCAUUGUCCAUCUUUUGCAUCCAUAUGAGGCAAUUGGAAACACCGUGGCUUGGGUCAGGCUCAUCUUAGUCCUCAAGGUGACAUCUUUGCUUUUCCACACUUUAAAGAGGCCUUUUGCAGCCGAUUUGCCCAAUGCAAAGAGAUCUCCUUAGUCAUGAAUUUAUUAGGUAAACGUUCUACGUUUUCAGUUCUCUCAGGUGAGAUUUUUGCCAGUUGUUCCACCACUAGCUAACACCGGUUGCCCAUUUUCCUGCUUUUUCUAGCCUGUAUCUGCUGGUUGGUCCCAAAGUCAAAGCCUUACACGUUAGGUUUUUGUUCCGACAGCAUCCCACUUUUAGGUACCAAUUUCUGCAUCGCUUAUCUAUUGCUGUGUAAUAAGUCUUCCUCCAAAUCAAUGGCUUACCUAAAACUGUACACCUGGAAAGGGUGAAUUUCUCUCUGUAUGUUCCCUGAGUGGGGCAAAUGGUUAAACGCUUGACUAUUAGCUGAAAAGUUAGGAGUUUGUACCUACCCAGGAACCCGUUGCCAUCAAGUCUAUUCCAACUCAUAGCAACCAUACUGAGCAGAAUAGAAUCGCCCCAGAUGAUUUCCAAGGAGCGGCUGGUGGAUUCAAACUGUCCACCUUUUGGUUAGCAGCCGAGCUCAUCAUCACUACGCCACCAGGGCUCUGAACGCACCCAGCGGUGCCUUGAAAGAAAAAUCUGGCGAUUUGCUUCCAAAACGUCACAUCCUUGAAAUCUCUGUGGAGCACAGUUCUACUCUGCACACAGGGGGUCACCAUGAGUCAGAAUCAACUCGACAGCAACUGGUUUGGUUUUCAGUUUUCACUCUAUAUAAAUCAUGCCUCAAUAAGCCUGACCUUAAGAAAAAAUGUUGUUGUUGUUAGGUGGUGUUGAGUUGAUUUUUGACUCAUAGCGAUUCCAUAUGACAGAAUAGAACUGCCCAUAGGGUUUUCUAGGCUGUAAUCUUCAUACGGGAGUAGAAUACCAGCUCUUUCUCCUACAGAGCUACCGGGUGUAUUUGGGCCACCAACCUUUCCGUUAGCAGCUGAGCACUUAACAGUUGUACCACCUGACCUCCUUUAAGAAGAGAGAGGAAAAAAAAAAAAAAAACCUUUGCCUGUCCAAUUGAUUCUGACUUAUAACGACCCUAUAGAACAGAGUAGAACUGCCCCAUAGUGUUUCUAAGGCUGUAAAUUUUUACAAAAGCAGACUGCCACAUUCUUUGUCCUGUGGAGAGGCAGGUGGAUUCAAACUGCUGACCUUGUGCUUAGCAGCUGAAAGCAACAUUAACCACUGCACCACCAGGGCUCCUCAAGGAAAAAUGGUGACUUAAAAUAACCAUUUUAUUUGCUCACAUUCUGUGAGUCAGUAAUUUGGGCUGGGAUCAGAUGGGUUCUUCUGCUGUUCUAUCCACAGAAUCCAAAACAAAUAAAAUUGCUGUUUUAAGACAGUAAAUAAGUUUCAGGGGGGUUGUUAUUAUAUCAUGUUAUUGUUGCAUGUUGUCGAGUCAAUUCCAACUCCUAGCAACCCUGUGAGAUGAUGUAUCAUAGUAGACUGAAUCAGUGGUUCUUGCAUGUUCUGGGAGACAACAAAAAAGGGGCUGUCUACAAGGAAAUCAGCCACCCAUGGGGUGCUUUGCAGAACUCUGCCCCAUAGUGGUGGAUGCCACAUCUAAAUGAUGCCUGAACCAUCCACUCAGAACAUCCAUUUGGUGAAGUACUCAGUGCGGUGCACAGAGAGUUGCUCAAAUGGCUACCUGGAGGGAGGCUAAGUUACUUUCCCAGAAUCACAUGAGGCCCUCAGCACGCCUCAGGAUUUGGUCCUUGGUUGGUAUCUGUCCAGCUUGGCAACCUCUAUGCUGUGUAUGGUACAAUCUGGUCCUUGGUGCUCAAUCCAUGUGGAUUACAUCUUCAUUCCUUAGCUUAGACCGUGGGAUCCCUCAAUGUCCGGCUCUCUUGGCUACAUCUAUACCUUCCACAGGGUCACGGAAAGUAUUAGACUCACCUCCCUCACCUCUCCGGGACUGUGGUAAACUCUGUGAGGUAAUCACAGUCCCUUCUGUUCUAGAUAUGCCAAGCACAAUGAUGGAAACGAGGGAUCUCUCUGAGGUUCGCCAUUUCCUUUUCAGUUCCAACAAAGAAGCCAGGAGCAGGUCUCCUUGUUCUCAGAACCUGAGAAACCCUUGGUCAUGCUGGAGCUCAGCCUGUGAAGAAGGCAGGAGGAGCAUGCAGGAGCUCUUUGUCAAGGACUUAUCAGCAUCUAACUCUCUUGCUUCACUCUAGAAUCACCUACUGUCCCCCAAACCAAAAAAAAAAAAAACUUAUUGCCGUUGAUUCAAUUCAGACUCGUACUGUCCCCCAGCCAGGGGAAUUUUUAUCUUACGAGGGCAGGAAAAAAACUGGCUUAAAUUGAUCAAAUAUCCUUCCAAAUCUUUUUUGUCUGAAGUCUGAGUCUCAACUUUUUAAAGUCAAAAGCCAGGAAUUUGUCUCUUUUGUUCUCUGGUUCUGUUGUGACAACCCUCCCUGAAGGCAAUGAAUGACUCAUGGUCUAGCUGCCCAGAUGGGGGAGGGUCAAGGGUAACAGGAAAUCAUGGGGAAAAUCACGUUGGUUAAUACAUCAAAUUAUUAUCCUGCUAAACUUGAAUUUCUACUCUCUUUCUAGAAUAUUCUCUGCUCAAUGGAGAUGAACAUGUCCUUCUACUUUCUUACAAACCUUUCUGCAUUGGAUAGGGUUCUUUGGGUGUAAGUAAUAGAAAUCAAGUCAUUUUUGCCCUCCCUCCUGCAAGAAAAUGAAAUGCAGAUGCUGGGAGAAGAGGUGGGAAGAACGGGACUCUGAGAUAGAAAUGUAAUUGAGCUUCAUGAAGGCACCAGAGACCUGAAUUUCCAUCAGAACCUUGCUUUCUCUGGUUUCUGCUCUCUCUGCAUGUUGACUUUAUCUGAUCUCUUUACAACUUUCUCUGGCCCUAAAUUUGUACUCCUCCUCCUACUAUGCCGAGACUGAAAUCUCUUGUUCUGACUUCUGAAUUCUAAUAGAAGGGACUCUAACCAGGUCAAUGCAAUCAAUGGCCAAUCAACUGCAGCUGAGGGAGAGGGUGUCUGGGAAGACCAGAUUCCAAUUUAUAAAGUGGCUGCAAAGUGUCCACCACCAACAGAGAAAAUGCUUGAAAAAGUGGAGGCUGGGCAGACAACCUCUUAGAUGUCCAGUACACCAUUCCCUAAAUGAAAGUGAAUUCACCUCUACUGAAUUACCUUAGUGAAAGAAAGGCCUGGUGAUCUGCUUUGGUAAAGAUUACAGCCAAGAAAACUCUAUGGAGCAAUUCUACUCUGUAACACAUAGGGUCACCAUAAGUCAGAAUUGACUUGAUAGCAGGCAGCUUGGUUUUGGUUAAACUACCUUAGAACCUUAUCUGCACCCACCAUGUAGCACUUUUUAUACUUCUUUCAUUUAUAGAUAUUUAUGGAUCUGUCUCUUUCAUCUAAUGCAUCACCUGCAACUUGUGGGCAAGAAUUUAGUUUCCCUUCCCUGCAAAGGCACAGCCCUGCACACACUAGGUAUUCAAAAGUAUCCGUUGAAUGUUCAAAUGAAUAAAUAGAAAGAGCUAAUUGAAUCUAUAAGACUCAGCAAUCAUUGGACCCACCACUUGUCUGUGAGCUUAUUCUACUGCUGUGUCUUGCAUGUUACUGUGAUGCUGGAAGCUAUGCCAGCAGUAUUUCAAAUACCAGUAGGGUCACUCAUGGUGGACAGGUUCCAGCAGAGUUUCCAGACUAAGACUGGGAAGAGGGCAAUGAGGACUCACUCUGAAAAAAAAUUGACCAUGAAAACCUUAUGAAUAGCAGUGGAACACUGUCUGAUACAGUGCCAGAAGAUGAGCCCUCAGGUUGGAAGGCACUCAAAAUACGGCUAGGGAAGACCCGACUCCUCAAAAUAGAGUCGACCUUAGUGAUAUGGAUGGAGUAAAGUUUUCAGGACCUUCAUUUGCUGAUGUGGCACGAUUCAAAACGAGGAGAAAGAUCUGCAAAUACCCAUUCAUAAUCAGAAAGUGGAAUGUACAAAGUAUGAAUCUAGGAAAAUUGGAAGUUGUCAAAAAUGGAAUGUAUAAAGAUCGAUAUCCUAGGCAUUAGUGAGCUGAAAUGGACUGGUAUUGGCCAUUUUGAAUCAGACAGUCAUUUGGUCUACUAUGCUGGGAAUGACAAAUUGAAAAGGAAAGCAUCACAUUCAUUGUCAAAAAGAACAGUUCAAGAUCUGUCCUGAAGUACAACAAUGUCAGUGAUAGGAUAAUAUUAAUAUACCUACAAGGAAGACCAGUUAAUAUGACUGUUAUUCAGAUUUACUCACCAACCACUAAGGCCAAAGAUGAAGAAAGUGAAGAAUUUUUACGAACUUCUGCAGUCUGAAAUUGAUCAAACAUGCAGUCGAGAUGCAUUGAUAAUUACUGGUGAUUGAAAUGCAAAACUUGGAAACAAGGAAGGAGGAUCAGUAGUUGGAAACAUGGCCUUGGUGAUAGAAAUGACACUGAAGAUCACAUAGCAGAAUUUUGCAAGACCAAUGACUUUUUCAUUGCAAAUACCUUUUUUCAACAACAUAAACAGUGACUUAAACAGUGACAUAAACGUGGGCCUAGCCAGAUAGAAUACACAAGAAUCAAAUCGACUACUUCUGUGGAAAGAGACAAUGGAGAAGCACAAUAUAAUCAAUCAGACCAAGGUCAGGCACCAACUGUGAAAUAGACCGUCAAUUGCUCAUGUGCAAGUUCAAGCUGAAGAAAAUUAAAACAAGUCCAAGAGAGCCAAAGUACGACUUUGAGUAUAUCCCAUCUGAAUUUAGAGACCAUCUCAAUAAUAGAUUUGUCACAUUGAACACAAACGACCCAAGACCAGAUGAGUUGUGGGAUGCCAUUAACGACAUCAUAAAUGAAGAAAGCAAAAAGUCAUUUAAAAUACAGGAAAGAAAGAAAAGACCAAAAUGGAUGUCAGAAGAGGCUCUGAAACUUGGUCUUGAACAUAGAGUACCUAAAGUGAAUGAAAGAAAAGAUGAAGUAAAAGAACUGAACAGAAGAUUUCAAAGGGCAGCUUGAGAAGACAAAGUAAAGUAUUAUAAUGAAAUGCGCAAAGACCUGAAGUUAGAAAACCAAAAGGGAAGAACAUGUUUGAAGUUUCUCAAGUUGAAAGAACUAAAGAAAAUAGUCAAGCCUCCAGUUGCAAUACAGAUUCUAUGGACAAAAUAUUGAAUGAUGUAGGAAGCAUCAAAAGAAGAUGGAAGGAAUACAGAACCACUGAGCCAAAAAGAAUUGGUCUACUUUCAACCAUUUCAGGAGACAGCAUAUGAUCAAGAACUGAUGGUACUGAAGGAAGAAAUCCGAGUUGCACUGAAGGCAUUGGCAAAAAAUAAGUCUCCAGGAAUUGAUGUAAUACCAACUGAAAUGUUUCAACAAAUGCAAGCAAUGCUGGAAGUGCUUACUUGUCUAUGCCAAGAAAUUUGGAACACAGCGACCUUGCCAAACAAUGGGACAUAUUUAUGCCCCACUCCAACAGAAUGUGGAAAUUAUCAAACAAUAUCAGUAAUAUCACACGCAAGUACAAUUUUUGCUGAAGAUAAUUAAAAAACAUUUACAGCAGUACAACAGGCAACUGCCAGAAAUUCAAGCUGGAUUCAGAGAGGACAGGGAACUAGGGGUAUCAUUGUUGAUGUCAGAUGGAUCUUGGCUGAAAUCAGAGACUACCAGAAAGAUGUUUGCCUGUGUUUUAUUGACUAUGCAAAGGUAUUCGACUGUGUGGAUCAUAACAAAUUAUGGAUCAUACUGCGACAAAUGGGAAUUCCAGAACACUUAAUGGUCCUCAUCAGGAACCCGUACGUAGACCAAGAGGCAAUCAUUCAAACAGAACAAGGAAAGGUAUUUGUCAGGGUAGUAUCCUUUUACCAUAUUAUUCAGUGUGUAUGCUGAGCAAAUACCCUGAGAAGCUGGACUGUAUGAAGAAGAAAGUCGCAUCAGGAUUGGAGGUAGCCUCAUUAACAGCUUGCAAUAUGCAGAUGACACAGCCUUGCUUGCUGAAAGCAAAGAGGACUUGAAGAACUGUAUACUGAUGAAGAUCAAAGUGUAUAGCCUUCAGUAGGGAUUACAACUCAACAUAAAGAAAACAAAAAUCCUCAUAAAUGGACCAAUGAGAAACAUCAUGAUAAACUGAGAAACUAUUGAAGUUGUCAAGGAUUUUAUUUACUCAGAUCCACAAUCAAUGCCCAUGUAAGCAGCUGUCAAGAAAUCAAAAGACAUAUUGCAUUGGGCAAAUCUGCUGCAAAAGACCCCUUUAACGUGUUGAAAACAAAGAUGUUAGUUUGAAGACUUAGGUGAGCUUGACCCAACCCCCAAAAUGCCAAACCCAUUGCCAUCAAGUCUAUUCCAACUCAUAGUGAUCCUAUCGGACAGAGUGGAACUGCCCCUAGGGUUUCCAAGGAGCUGUUGAUGGAUUCAAACUGCCAACCUUUUGGUUAGCAGCUGAGCUCUUAACCAUUGGGCCACCAGGGCUCCAAGCCAUGGUAUUUUCAUUUACCUCAUAUGCAUGGGAAAGCUGGACAGUGAAUAAGGAAGACCGAAGAAGAAUUGAUGCAGUUGAAUUAUGAUGUUGACAAAGAAUAUUGUAUAUACCAUGGACUGCCAGAAGAAUGAACAAAUAUGUCAUGGAAGUACAGCCAGAAUGCUCCUUAGAAGCAAGGAUGUCAAGACUUUGUCUUCAUAUUUUGGACAUGUUAUCAGGAGGGGCCAGUCCCUGGAGAAGAAUAUCAUGCUUGGUAAAAUAGAGGGUCAAUGAAAAAGAGGAAGAUCCUCAACAACAUGGAUUGACACAGUGGCUGCAACAAUGGGCUCAAGCAUGGCAAGGAUUGUGUGGAUGGUGCAGGACCAGGCAGUGUUUCGUUGUGUUGUACAUAGGGUCGCUAUGAGUCCGAACCUACUCAACAAUACCUAACAACAACAAUUCAUGGGCACUGUAAGGGAGAAAUAUAAACUAUUUUGUGCUAGGUUGAUAUAAUUUUGAAAAAAUAUCCUGAUAUCUUCAAUUAGGCAGCACAUUUGAAAUUUUCUCUAGGCAGAGAAGGAGUUAAGCUCUUUUGCUCUGUUCAUGGACUUCUGACAUGAUAUAAAACACUACAAUUUUGGCUUUUCCAUUUUAGCUGACAUAGUUUAAGUUGAUGAAUAUUUUGAUUUGUGCCAGUCUCAGGCCGUUUUAAAUGCUAUCCCUGCAGGAGCCAAGCAGCCCAGUCAUAAUCAUAACAAUAUGCUUGUCAGUCAAAGGCACCGGAAGAUUGUGUAGGUGCAAAGAAAGCAUUUUCCCCUGAAAGGAAGCAGGGCAAUUGAAAUCACCUACUUUUCAAGGCAUUGAAGUCAAAACUGUUACCAGCUUCAUGGUGUGAAAAUCCAGGUCUUGGCACCCCCUUGGUCAGACUCCAGUAUGUCCUGGGGCUAUCCAGCUAAAAAACAAGCUAGAGUCUAAAGUUCAGAAGAAAUUAGACAAAAGGAAAAGCACAGCGAUCAAGGUUGAUUUCCCCAUCAUUAUUUGCAGGUCACUGUUUCAGCAGAGAAUAUAUAAUGAAAUUCCUUCCAUCUCUGCAGCCAGUGCACCUUGGGAUAGAUUUGCAGAGCCAAGUAAAUCAGAGAAUUCUUGCAAUUACACAAGACCUGGACAGAAGAAAGUGAUUUUUUUUCCUGAAUAGACUGAGCAAUUAAUACUUGGUAGAGUUGACCUAAAGGUUAUUCCGUAGGAACUGUUUGCAUUGUGGCAGGCAAAAUGUAAAAAUCCACAUAGAAUUGGUUCGUUAAAAAAAAAAAAAAAGAAAGAAAAGAAAAAGGCAGAAACCAGUGUGAGAGAAAGAAAGGAAGAAAGAAAUGAACAGCCUGGAGAAACGGCUUUCAACAUUGGAAGCGGCCCAGAAUUAUUUAGAACUUUGGGUAUGUUGAUGUCAGGACCUUAUUUUUUCAACGUUACUGUGACCUUAACAACUCCAGCUGCUCUGCAAAUUUGCUCAGCAAGCUUGCCCCACCAUAAGAAAAUGAAAAAGCAAAUCUGGUAUGGCUGUUCUAAUUAUAUCAAUAGCAGUUUUGUAAGGCAAUGAACCAGUUAAAUACAAAGUUACUAUAAUAGAAAGAACACCUUUCACCCCAAAGAAUUCCAUAUACCCCAUGCUGAUAUCAAAAGAGUCUCCUCAUGGGAAAGAGCAAUGUGGAAAGCAGAGGGGAACAAAAAUCUGGUGUUCAGAGUCCACUGGGAGCUUCAGACAAAUAUGAAACAAUGACUUCAUGUAGUAGAUAAAUUUCUCACAUUCUUCAACUAGUUUUAUUGGCUAAAUGCUCAUGUAUCCAGUUAUAUGAACACCAGCCCACCCAAAGAAGAAUCUCAGUGGGUAUUAGAAAAGAUAUCCAGAGUGGGAAUCUAGUCUUUUCUCCAACAGUUACCAAUGUUCUUAUUCGUUGGUCGUUCUUACAAUUGUCUAAAAUACGUCCGAGAUUAUCCUCUAUCUCACAGACAAAACCCAAAAAACCAGUUGCCAUUGAGUUGAUUCCAACUCAUAGCCACUCUAUAGGACAGGGUAGAACUGCCCCAUAAGGUUUCAAAGGAGCAGCUGGUGGAUUCAAACUGCCAAACUUUUAGUUCGCAGCCGAGCUCUUAACCACUGUGCCACCAGGAUUCUAUCUCACAGAUAAAAAAGAUAGAGGAAGGUAAAAAUCUCUUAGAAAUAAUAGAGCAGGAGGACAUUUACGAUAAUUAUGUCUACAUCCAACGUUCUAGGUGUUCUACUGCCCCAAGAUGCAGUUCAAACUUUGGCAUCCAAACCAAAAAGCCAAAGCUGUUUGGGUGGAAUUGAUUCUGACUCAUAGCGACCCUACCAUAAUUUGUCCCAGAUCUCCCUCUUUGGCUUUGUUUCCUGAUUCUCUCCCUGAGACCCUUUCUUGUAUGGGUUAAAUUGUGUCCCUGUUGUGGACUGAACUAUGUUCCCCCAGAAUACAUGUUGGAAUUCUAACCCCUAAACCUGUGGAUGUAAUCCUAUUCGGAAAUAGGGUUUUCUUUCUUAUGUCAAUGAGGCCAUAUCAGUGUAGGGUAUGUCCGAAACCUAAUCACUUCUGAGAUAUAGAAAGAGCAGAUUAGACACAGAAGUGAGCACAAGUUAGAUGCCAAGUGAAGACUGCCGAGAAACUGAUGAACGCUGGGGCUACAGAAGCUGAGACAAGGUCCUUCCCCCAGUGCCAAAGGAGAGAGAGACUUCCCCUAUACCUGGUCCCCUGAAUUCCAACACCUAGCCUCCUAACCUCUGAGAAAAUAGCUUUCUGUUCUUUAAAACCACCCCACUGGUGGU